GAGGCAGAGAGCCUGGCUCCCGAGCGCUCCCCUCUGCCGGGCGCCGAGGACUCCAAGCCCAAAGAUUUGUCCGACUCUAGCUGGAUCGAGACUCCGUCGUCCAUUAAGUCCAUCGAUUCCACCGAUUCUGGGAUUUACGAGCAGGCCAAAAGGAGGCGGAUCUCCCCCUCGGACACCCCGGUGUCCGAGAGCUCCUCGCCCCUCAAGAGCGAGGUUCUCACCCAGCGGGACUGCGAUAAGACCUGCGCCAAGGACAUCGGCUACUACGGCUUCUAUUCGCACAGCUAGGCGCGGCC